AUGGAACGAAUCGCUCGAACCUACUGCAAAGAUGCAGUCAUCCCCUCUUCAGGCAAGACGGCUGUCGAGGAAGCCAUAUACCAAGAACUACCACGAGAACUCGACGACGUGGUGGUCACUCUACCUACAAAACUCUGGAGCAGGCAAGCCAUCACGUAUGAUUGGAUAGAUGGAGCGUACCGCGGCUCACAGGCACAGCGCCAAAAGGUCGCAUCCGCCAUCGAGGAAUGGGAGUGGUAUAGCAGUGUUUCCUUCAUUGCUUCUCAGGACUCCGUGACUCGUCCGGACAUUGUCAUUUCUUUCGACCCUUCGCCGAAUCAAGGGACAUGGAGUCUUGUCGGGACAGACUGCUUGAAGGCGGCGCCGCGCACUGCCACCAUGAACCUUGGUUGUAUCAGCAACGAUAAUGAAAUAACAGCAGCCGAGAAAGCCAUCAUACUUCACCAAUUCGGUCACGCAUUAGGCAUGCUUCACGAACAUCAAUGCCCAGCCAAAGGUGGAAUCGCCUUGACAGGUGUCGAUGCACUCGUGACGCUUUAUGGCUCUCAAGGUUGGAGCGACGUCGAUGUUAAAGAGCAUAUCAUCAAUCCACACAACUCAAAGGACAUGACAUCCCUGCGAGAAGUCGACACUCAAAGCAUUAUGCACUGCCCAUUACCUGGAGUCAUCACUGGCCGAGACUUUGCCAUUGACUAUAACUAUGCACUAUCUGACAUGGACAAGGCCUACAUAGCGCUCAUGUAUCCUCGGAGGUGGCCAAGUCAGAGCGCACCUCAAUGGACAUUGGAGGCAGCAUUGACAACGAUCGGUCUGGCUCAACAGACUCCAUCCCUGGCAGAAAAGAUCAAAGAUCUGGCAAAGGCACCGAGAGCUGAUGGGAGUAUCGACCCUACCAAGAUCCGCGACUUGGUUUUCAAGUGGGCGACUUGGUUUCAUACACCCGGACAUGCCACGGCAGGCGAUUCGCAGUUAUCGCAAGGCCCAGUUCUCAGGCACGACACAAGCGAUAAAAUUCCUCACGGAAGAAAGAUGGAGCGCAUGGAAUUUUCAGAGAAGCUUAUGAAGGCCACUGACAGUUUCGGCCCCAUAGAGUACCUCGACGCCCAGAAAGACUGGGAACGCAAAAGGGAUGAAGUGAUAGGCGGCAGUAUGGGUAGCCAAGGCUCAGACCCAGUGGCUGAUAUGAAGAAGAUGAUUUCAAACAUGAGAGAGUCUGAGCAAGCCAAGCUGACUUCUAAGUACCCUGACGCUAGUGUGCGUGGGUAUUCCCAUUUUGUACGGGAAGGUCUUGGUCCCUUAGACAACGCCACUCGAGCAGAGAUGCUCCAGGACGCCAAGGAUGCUUUGCGGGAAAGCGCUACAUCGUCCCUUUACGACACACGUCACUGA